GGAAAAGAGAACUCCUUCCUCUCCCUCUCUCUCUUAAAUACUGCUCAUCGAGGCGAUAGAGGGAGAGGAGACUCGCUCUCUCUCUCUAGGUCGCUCUCGAUUCUCGCUGGUCUCGCCUUCCUCGGACUAUCUUCGCGAUCGCUUUUGGAGGAUCGUUCGGGGAAAUUGGACCGAAGUUUCGAUUUUUAGCAGGCGAGAUCAGCUGAAUCAGGUGUCCUUUUGCAGGAGAUCAGAAUAAUGGAGUCUCACGAUGAGACAGGAUGCCAGGCCCCAAAAGGCCCAAUCCUCUGCAUUAACAACUGUGGCUUCUUCGGAAGUGCUGCCACCGCCAAUAUGUGCUCAAAGUGCCACAAGGACGUGAUAUUGAAACAAGAACAGGCACAAGCAGCUGCCUCCUCGAUUGAGAGCAUUGUCAACAGAAGUUCCAACGAAAAUGGUAAAGGACCUGUGGCAACUGAGAAAUUGGAUUUGCAAGCUGGUUUGGUGGAUGCAAAGGUCAUUUCGACCGAGCCCUCAGCUGGUUCAUCUUCAAGCAAAGAUGUUGACAUGAAAGUGAGCGACGGUCCUAAAAGGUGCACCACCUGCCAGAGGCGGGUGGGGUUGACUGGCUUCAACUGCAAGUGCGGCAAUCUCUUCUGUUCGACCCAUCGCCACUCUGAUAUACAUGGUUGUCCGUUUGAUUAUAGAACUGCUGCUCGAGACGCCAUUGCCAAGGCCAACCCGGUGGUUAGGGCCGAUAAGCUCGACAAGAUCUAGAUUUUGGGGCCUGAAGAGAUGGCUUAUCUACUGGAAACCCACUUUGCCUUCCAUAGGCAUCGAAUGUCUAAGUUUGGCUGCAUAAUGUCUUCACUGUCCUACGUCUGGUAGAAAUUGCAGUUCAUGUUGCUUGAGGGCAUCCUUGCAGCCUAGAUAACUCUCUUGUUCAUUGUGAUUGGCAGUGAUUUCGCUAUUGGCUUGGGUGUGUAAGUCACUAUUCGUGGUGGUUUGAUGGACUCCGUCGUUGCUACUUCCGUUGAUAUGAAUUUCUAGUUGUGUAUGGCUUGUGAUCAGCAUUCGGGUAUUGCGUCUA